AUGGCCACUUAUCAGCCUUAUAUCGAUCCCGAGUUUGAUUCCCUCAUUGAAAGAAUUUAUCCUCCCAAAGUUUGCAUAGACAAUGAAACAUACAAAGAUUGCACUCUUGUUAAGGUUGACAGUGCAAACAAGCCCGGGAUUCUAUUAGAGAUGGUCCAAGUCUUGACAGAUCUUGACCUUCUUAUAUCCAAAUCAUAUAUUUCCUCUGACGGGAGAUGGUUCAUGGACGUAUUCCACGUGACCGAUCAGCUUGGGAACAAACUUACUGACGAAAGUCUCAUACUUUACAUUCAGCAGGCACUGUGUGCAAAUAUUAGAAGGGAGAAAUCAAAGGAAUUGCAAGCUUGUCUCGACAGAGAAGUUAGGCCGCGACACGUGUCGACAGAGAACACGGCCUUAGAGAUGACUGGGACCGACCGACCAGGUCUGCUCUCAGAAAUAUCAGCAGUGCUUUCCGAGUUGGAGUGCCACGUCACUAAUGCCGUGGCAUGGACCCACAAUACGAGGGCAGCUUCCAUAAUCUACGUGGAAGAUGGGUUCCGAGGAGGGCCAAUCACAGAUCCGAAGAGACUAGCUCAUGUACAGGAGCAGUUGGAGAACGUGGUUGAGGCCCAUCAUCGGACGGGGGAGAGGCGGAGUGUGCGGCUGACAGCUCCGGCCCCAGGUCAACAGACCCACACAGAACGGAGGCUCCACCAGUUGAUGUACGCCAACAUAGAUUAUGAACCAUGUCAGGGAUGCAAUGGUGGAGGCGUAGCACACAGGAAUAACUGUACAAAAAUUCAUGUGUCUAUUGAAUCUUGUGAAGAGAAAGGAUACUCUGUGGUGAAUGUUAGGUGUAGAGACCGUCCGAAGCUCCUGUUUGAUACACUCUGCGCUCUAACUGAUAUGCAGUACGUUGUGUUCCAUGCUGCAGUUAGCUCUAAGGGCACCAUGGCCGAUCAGGAGUACUUCAUUCGGCAGAAAGAUGGCUGCACUUUGGAUACAGAAAGUGAAAGGCAUAAACUAACCCAAUGCUUGAUUGCUGCCAUUGAGCGCAGAGUAUCCCAUGGAUUGAGGCUGGACAUUUGCAGUCACAACCGAAUGGGACUGCUCUCCGAUUUGACUCGGGCGUUCCGCGAGAAUGGGCUAUCGAUAUCAAGGGCUGAGAUUGGAACAAAUGGCGAUAGAGCAGUUGGUUCCUUCUACGUGACUGAUGCUUCAGGGUAUGAAGCAAAUCCACAAGCAAUAGAAGAGGUUAAAAAAGAGAUUGGGGGAUCUGUUGUGGUAGUUGACAAAUCACCAGGUUGGACACCAAAAACUUCUAGGACUCCCUCAGUAGGUAGUAUUAGCAGAACCAGCAGGGGCAGCAUAGAUGAUAAGCCACGGUUCUCUCUAGGAAGUCUAUUCUGGUCACAUCUUGAGAGGCUUUCAGGCAAUUUCAACUCCAUAAGACCAUGA